AGGAGGGACUGUGACCUCAGGGUGUGUGGAAUUGCGCCUUCCCUAUAGAAAUUCCCCUCCCCCCCCACCCCCCUUCUCCUGGAUUGCCCCGAGCUGAGGCGGGGGACGGGGCAUCGGCGGGAAGGAGGAGGAGAAACGACGGGGGAGGGCUCCUGAGCUCAGCUUCAGUCUCUAUAUCAGCAUCCAGCCAGGUAACUGGCUGGCCCGGAGGCUCCCUAGUGCUUCACGAAACGCCCUGCUGCGGACCUUCGCACCACCCCCUUUGCUCUAGUCUCGCCUCCCUCCGGCCCCCUCACAAUUCAUUUCGCCCUUAUUCCCUCUACCCCCCAGCACCCCGCCGUCUUCCUCAGACUUGGAAAACCUUGCUAGUCGCGCUUUACUCCCUCCUCCUGAGUGCGGGCUGGGGGGCGGGGUGCAGGACCCCUUCCUCUGUGGCCCCGGCCCCCGCCCCCAGCACACACUUCUCUCCCCUUCCACGGGUUAUGCCCUGCCGAUAGUGCUAGUCUUCCGACAUGUUGAUGGUAAGCGGUCAGACCGGGAUGAAGCGGCCAACUGAGGGCUGGGACCGCGGCCGUGUUCGCGAGAGAUUGCAUGCAGCCCUAGCCGGCCUCCAGGAGCUCCAGGUGCUGAGGGACAAGCAGCAGACGCUGGUGAAUGGGGCUCUAGCCAUGAAGCCGGCGGCGCCCCCGCCACCCCCGCCGCCAGUUCCUCGGGCGCCUCGGCUCCCGCAGCAACUGCCCUCGACUGUCCCUGCGGGCGACUCGCACAGCAAGGAGCAUAGGCUGGAAGCCACUCUCACUGCUCUCAAGGAGCAACUGUCACGUUUAAGAAGACAAGAUGUUGGCCUGAAAACUCACUUGGAUCAAUUGGAUCAGCAAAUAAGUGAACUGAAGUUGGAUGUAAACAAGACUUCCAGUGAAAACCUUGAUAGUGACAGCAGGCCCAGUUCAGGCUUUUAUGACUUGAGUGAUGGAGGAUCCUGUUCUUUGUCCAAUUCCUGCACAUCUGUCUAUAGUGAGUCCAUCUCCUCCUCUCAUAGCAGCUUGCUUCCUGGCAUCCACACUCCCAAAGUCAGGCUCAGUAUCUUCGACUACCGCCCCAAGUCUGCUGAUGAGACCACUGUACAUAGUGCCCAUCUCCAACCUCAGCAACUUGUCAGUGAGAAUUGCUGGAUCAAGGGCAGCCCAGAGAAUGAAGCUGAAACUGUGCCCAAGUUCAAGCCAAGGCCAGUUUCCACAGGUGACCUUGAAAGAAUUGUGCCAACUGAUGGAAGUCUUCAGAAGACAACCAAUGAUCCUAAGAAUAUGUCACCCCUUUGCUAUGGUACAGAAAUUCUGUUCCAUGAGGUGGAUCCUAAGUAUCAGAGUGACUUGGUCUCCAAGAGUGGCAGUGAUAGAUACCCUUACCCAAGCCCUCUGCAUGCAGUAGCCUUGCAGAGUCCCCUGUUUUCUCUGACUAGAGAGACUCUAGAGACUGACAACCACUUGCCCCUCACUAAACCUAUCCUGAGCAUGUCAGGUCCCAGUUUGAUCAGGACUAAACCAAUCACUGAAGUUCCUCCUCCUGGUGGCUAUAUUGACAAGCUGCUCCAGCUAACCAGGGACCGAGGGAAGUACACAAGUGGCAGUGUGAGUGAGUGGGAAUCAGCUAAAGGGCAGAUGCCCCUGUCCCAAAAGAAGCUUGGUGGACUGAGAGUGAAUAGUAGCAGUCAGGUAGAGAAGCAGGUCAGCUCUCCAGAAAGUAGACAAGCUAAAACAGGAAGAGUUCAGAGGGAGGUGCCAGAUGAGAAUAGUACAAAACUGCAAGAAUCUGGAGAACCCUCUUUAGAGGGGGAACAGCCGGCCAGCCAGCAGAGCUUGGAAUCCAUGGUUACAAAUAGCUGCUUCCCUGGGAAGGUCAGUCCCAUUUCUGCACAUGAAGAGCCAGAGGUCAUUAGUCUUGAGCAGGAGUCAUCUUCCUGCUCCCAAGUGCACCAAUCACAUCUCAACAUGGCUCCCCAAAGGUCAAACACCAAAGUUAUCCUGCCCCCCAAAAAGGUGGGCAAAAAGGGAACCACUCUCGUCACAGGAGAGUUUGUCCAUGCUCAGUUUGUCCCAGGAGAGGCUCACUUGAUGAGACUGAAAGCAAGCAAUCUCAAAACAAAGGCUCUGAAAGUCAAACGAAGAAGCAGCGAUAAGGUGCUGAGACUUGGGAAGCAGCAGCCCGUGUUAGCAGAAAGGCCACGGGGAAUGCAUGCAACGUCCCGACUGUCUACAGAGUGGAACCCUUUUCCGAGGUCCCACGGAGGAAAGAACCUCUUGAGGAGGACAGCGUUUGUUGGGGAAGUGACCGGCCGAUCCUGCUCAGAAUCCAGCCUCUUUCCUGUACCAUUUCACAUCCCAGCAGUAGUGUCCCGACCUGAGCUUUAUCCAUCCUCAGCGCAUCCUUUGUACUCUUUGGAAGCGACUCAACUCAAUUUGGUAGCCAACGGGGGUGCCAAAAAGAAGCAACAGCGAAAAUGGCAGUCGACUGUGGAGAUCUCGGCUAAAUCCCACCUGGCGAGUUUUCCUGCAGAUACCGGCUUAGCCCUGCCCAGGCCACCUGGAAGGAGAGCUGGAAUCUUACGCACUAUGAGUGGGAGGUCCCGGCCCAAGCUACCCAAUCAUAACGCAUAUGCCAAAAGUGAGUCAGACCACUCCGAAUACUCAGCCGAGUGUGCCUCCCUCUUCCACUCCACCAUUGUGGAAACCAGUGAAGAUGAUGUUAGUGAUUACACUGCCAACUGUUUUGGGGAUAGUGAGUCUGAAGACAGUGACUCAGAGGGGGCUUGUAGGAGCAGCGAGAGCAGCCUCACUCUAGACUAUGAGGAGGCUGUUGGGAGUGAGCUGAUUUGGCCCAAGGCCAUUGUCCAGCAGCCCGUAAAGGUGCAGCCUGCCUUGAAGUCAUCUCACCAUUCAGUGCCCAAAAUUUGCCGUAUCAAGGCCUCUAAGGCCCUAAAGAAGAAGAUUCGGAGAUUCCAGCCAGCAUCUCUAAAAGUUAUGACAAUGGUGUGAACAAAAAUGUCCCAGCAGAAAUCAGGUUGACUUUAGAACAAGAUGGGUUGGGGUUUAAAAAAAAAAAAAAAAUUGCAUCAUGGAUGAACCAGAAAUGAUGCUCCAAAAAGGCCAAAGGACCUUUUACUUUACUAAUAUUGGUGUAAAAAGCAAUGAGUGUAAUUUCUUUAUCUUUCCACUGUUUAUUAUACAAAUAUGAAUUUGU